GGACGCGGACGGGGCGGGCGGUCGCGGCGCCGCCAUGAUCAUCCCCGUGCGCUGCUUCACCUGCGGCAAGAUCGUCGGCAACAAGUGGGAGGCCUACCUGGGGCUGCUGCAGGCCGAGUACACCGAGGGGGACGCCCUGGACGCCCUGGGCCUGAAGCGUUACUGCUGCCGCCGCAUGCUGCUGGCCCACGUGGACCUGAUUGAGAAGCUGCUCAACUAUGCACCCCUGGAGAAGUGAUCGCUGACCGCCCUCCCUGUCCAGCCCAGAGCCCAUCCCGCGGACCCGGUGUCUGAGCCAUGGGGCCUCCUGCAGCCCCGUGGGCACGACCUCCCACUGAGGAGGGAACCUUCCAGUAAAGGCCUGGCACACCCACAAGAGCCUGACUUGCCUGCUUGCG